AAGAGAUAGUUCAAAAACGCACUUUCACGAAAUGGAUCAACUCUCAUCUGGCCAAGCGGAACCCUCCGAUGGUGGUGGAAGAUCUUUUUGAAGACAUGAAAGAUGGUAUUAAGCUGCUUGCUCUCCUGGAGGUUCUAUCUGGGCAGAAACUGCCUUUGGAACAAGGACGCCGUAUGAAACGAAUCCAUGCCGUGGCGAACAUCGGCACAGCACUCAAGUUCCUCGAGGGGAGGAAGAUUAAAUUAGUCAACAUUAACUCCACUGAUAUUGCUGAUGGACGCCCCUCGAUAGUUCUUGGAUUGGUGUGGACCAUUAUUCUGUAUUUCCAGAUCGAGGAACUGACCAGCAACCUACCGCAAUUGCAGUCUUUGUCCGGUAGCACAUCCUCCGUGGACAGCACCAUCAGUGCUGAGACUGCCAGCCCCCCCAGCAAACGGAAGGUGGCUACCAAAAUCCAGGGAAACGCUAAGAAGGCUUUGCUAAAAUGGGUUCAGUACACAGUAACCAAGCAGGCUGGAAUUGAAGUAAAAGACUUUGGAAAGAGUUGGAGAAGUGGAAUUGCUUUCCAUUCUGUUAUCCAUGCUAUUCGCCCAGAACUAGUAGACUUGGAGAAAGCGAAAGGAAGAUCAAAUAGGGAAAACCUGGAGGAAGCUUUCACCAUCGCUGAAACGGAACUGGGGAUCCCAAGACUACUAGAUCCUGAAGAUGUGGAUGUGGAUAAACCAGAUGAAAAGUCAGUUAUGACCUAUGUAGCCCAGUUUCUGAAACAUUACCCCGAUGCCCACUGUACUGGUAUUGAUGGACAAGACAGUGAUGAAAUACUUCCAGGUUUUCCAUCUUUUGCACAUUAUAUGCAAAAUUUUGAGAGAGAAGACAGGGUAAUUUUGAAGGAGACGAAAGUCUGGAUCGAGCAAUUUGAAAGAGAUUUGACAAGAGCACAGAUGACAGACUCAAAUUUGCAGGAUAAAUAUCAGUCAUUUAAGCAUUUCAGAGUUCAGUAUGAAAUGAAGAGGAAACAGAUAGAACAUUUAAUACAGCCAUUACACAGAGAUGGCAAAUUGUCACUUGAUCAAGCUUUGGUCAAACAAGCCUGGGAUAGAGUGUCCUGUAGGCUCUUUGAUUGGCACAUGCAGCUUGAUAAAGCCCUGCCUGCUCCUCUGGGCACUAUAGGUGCCUGGUUAUACAGAGCAGAGGUGGCCCUGAGAGAGGAGAUGACCAUUCAGCAGGUCCACGAGGACACAGCCAACACCAUACAGAGGAGAUUGGAACAACACAAGGAUCUGCUUCAAAACACAGAUGCCCACAAAAGAGCAUUCCAUGAAAUCUACCGAACCAGGUCUGUUAACGGGAUCCCUGUGCCCCCAGAUCAGUUAGAAGACAUGGCAGAGAGGUUUCAUUUUGUUUCCUCCACAUCAGAGCUGCACUUGAUGAAAAUGGAAUUUCUAGAAUUAAAGUACCGUCUGCUCUCACUGCUGGUUCUUGCAGAGUCGAAGCUGAAGUCUUGGAUCAUCAAGUAUGGGCGAAGAGAAUCCGUGGAAUUACUGCUGCAGAAUUACAUUUCUUUUAUAGAAAAUAGCAAAUUCUUUGAGCAAUAUGAAGUGACAUACGAGAUCUUGAAACAGACAGCCGAGAUGUACGUCAAAGCAGAUGGUUCAGUGGAGGAAGCUGAAAACGUGAUGAAAUUCAUGAAUGAAACCACAGCUCAGUGGAGGAAUUUAUCUGUAGAAGUGAGAAGUGUACGGAGCAUGUUGGAGGAAGUGAUUUCUAACUGGGAUCGGUAUAGCAAUACCGUGGCUAGUCUUCAAGCUUGGCUGGAGGAUGCUGAAAAAAUGCUAAGUCAAACAGAGCAUGCCAAAAAGGAUUUUUUUCGCAAUUUGCCUCACUGGAUUCAGCAACACACCAUUAUGAACGAUGCUGGCAAUUUCCUCAUCGAAACCUGUGACGAAAUAGUUUCCCAGGAUCUUAAGCAGCAAUUACUGUUACUGAAUGGGCGGUGGAGGGAUUUAUUUAUGGAAGUCAAGCAAUAUGCUCGAGCUGACGAAAUGGACAGAAUGAAGAAAGAAUAUGCAGAUUGCGUUCAGACCCUGUCUGCUUUUGCAACCCAGGCCCAGAGGAAGCUCUCUGAACCCUUAGACGUCUCCUUUAUUAAUGUCAAGUUAUUAAUUCAAGACUUGGAGGAUAUUGAACAGAGGGUACCGGUGAUGGAUGCACAGUACAAGAUGAUUACAAAGACAGCCCACCUCAUCACAAAAGAAAGUCCCCAAGAAGAAGCUAAAGAAAUGUUUCUGACCAUGUCUGGGCUCAAGGAGCAGCUAGCCAAGGUCAAGGAAUGUUACUCCCCACUCCUUUAUGAGUCGCAACAGCUGUUGACUCCAUUAGAAGAGCUGGAAAAGCAGAUGACAAGCUUUUAUGACUCAGUUGAGAAGAUCAAUGAAAUUAUUACAAUUCUUGAACACGAGGCACAAUCCAGCGCUCUCUUUAAACAAAAACAUCAGGAGCUGUUAGCAUGUCAAGAAAGCUGUAAGGAGACCUUGACACUGAUUGAGAAAGGCAGCCAGAGUGUUCAGAAGUUUGUGACUGUGAGCAACGUGUUAAAGCAUUUUGAUCAAACAAAGCUACAGAGACAGAUGGCCGACGUGCACGUGGCUUUUCAGAAUAUGGUGAAGAAAACUGGAGAUUGGAAGAAACAUGUGGAAACCAACAGUCGCUUGAUGAAGAAGUUUGAAGAGUCUCGAGCGGAGCUGGAGAAAGUGCUGCGGAUCGCUCAGGAGGGUCUGGAGGAGAAGGGGGACCCCGAGGACCUCCUGCAGAGACACACGGAGUUUUUCAGUCAGCUUGACCAGAGGGUGCUCAAUGCUUUCCUGAAAGCCUGUGACGAGCUCACGGACAUCCUCCCUGAGCAGGAGCAGCAGGGACUCCAGGAUGCCGUCAGGAAACUCCAUAAACAAUGGAAGGAUCUUCAAGGAGAAGCCCCAUAUCAUUUGCUUCAUCUGAAGAUUGAUGUGGAGAAAAAGAGAUUCUUGGCCUCCAUAGAAGAAUGCAGAACUGAGCUGGAUCGAGAGAUCAAGCUGGUGUCCCAAGAAGGCAGUGAGAAGAUGAUUAAAGAGCACAGGAUUUUCUUCAGUGACAAAGGUCUUCAUCAUCUUUGUGAGAAGAGAUUGCAGCACAUUGAGGAACUGUGUCUCAAGCUGCCCGCGAGGGACCCCAUGAGGAGUACUCCUGAGACGUGCCACACAAUGCUUAGAGAGCUCAGAGUGGCCAUCGACCGGACCUACGGCGAGCUCAUGGAAGACCCAGACAAAUGGAAGGAAUACACCGGCAGAUUUUCUGAGUUUUCUUCUUGGAUAUCUGCAAAGGAGACCCUGUUGAAGGAGAUUAAGGAUGGGGUCUUGGAUACUGCCAACCAUGGAGAGGUCCAAAGCACUGUAGAGGAGAUCAGAAAUGAUGUUGCCAAAAAAGGUGAGACACUCAGCUGGCUGAAAUCCAGACUGAAGAUUUUGAUUGAAGUUUCUUCUGAGAUGGAAGCCCAAAAGCAAGGAGAUGAGCUGGCAAAGUUAUCAAAUGCCUUCAAGGCUUUUGGGACGUCAUUGUCAGAGGUCGAAAAGAUGUUAAGCAACUUUGGAGAGUGUGUCCAGUACAAGGAGACAGUAAAAAGUUCCCUUGAGGAUUUAAUUUCUGGGUCUAAAGAGGUCCAGGACCAGGCUGAGAAGAUCUUGGACACAGAAAAUCUGAUUGAAGCACGGCAGUUACUCCUUCGUCACCAGCAAAAGACAAAGCAGAUCUCUGCCAAGAAGAGAGACGUGCAGCAGCAGCUUGCGCAGGCGCGGCAGGGCGAGGCGGGGCUGCGAGGCCAUGUGCGGGAGGAGCUGCAGCAACUGCAGAGCGCGCUGGACGGCGUGGAGCGCAGCCGCGAGAAGCAAGAGCGCCGCAUACAGGUCACGUUAAGAAAAUGGGAACGAUUUGAAACCAACAAAGAGACGGUAGUCAGAUACCUUUUCCAGACAGGUUCCAGCCAUGAGCGCUUCUUAAGUUUCAGCAGUUUGGAAAGUUUAUCGUCAGAACUGGACCAGACAAAGGAUUUUGCUAAAAGAACAGAAGGUGUCGCGGUCCAGGCUGAGAACCUUGUGAAGGAAGCCUCAGAGAUACCACUUGGGCCCAAGAAUAAGCAGUUGCUUCGACAGCAGGCCAAGUCAAUCAAAGAGCAAGUCAAGAAAUUAGAAGACACGCUUGAAGAAGAUAUAAAAACCAUGGAAAUGGUGAAAAGCAAGUGGGAUCGCUUUGGCAGUAAUUUUGAGACCCUGUCCUCCUGGAUAACUGAGAAAGAAAAACAACUUAAAGCCUUGGAAAGUUCUUCACCUGCUUUGGACGUGCAAAUCAGCCAAAUUAAGGUCAUAAUUCAGGAAGUAGAAAGUCGGGUCAGCAGCAUCACAGGAUUAGAAGAAGAAGCGCAGUCGUUUGCCCAGUUUGUUACCACGGGGGAAUCUGCUCGAAUCAAAGCCAAGUUGACUCAAGUGAGGCGAUAUUGGGAAGAACUCCGAGAGCAGGCACGAUGCCUGGAGAGCAUCAUCCUGGGACAUUGGUCUCAAGAGCAAACCUUUGAAGAGAACCUGAGACAGCUCCAGCAGUCUGUGUCUGACUUUGAAGAUAAACUUGCUGAUCCAGUUAAAAUAUGUUCUUCAGCUGCAGAAACGUACAGACUUCUCCAAGAACAUAUGGAUCUUUGCCAGGCUUUGGAGUCCCUGAGCAGUACAGUGGCUGCUUUCUCAACCAGUGCCCGAAAGCUCGUGACCCGAGACUCCUCCACCCAGGAGGCCAAGGCUGUCCAACAGCAGUAUGAGGGGAUGCUGACCAGGGCCAAGGAGAGACAGGCUGUGCUGGAGAGCCGUCUGGUCCACUGGCAGAGGCUGGAGAAAGAACUGUCAGCCUUUUUGACCUGGUUAGAGCGGUGUGAAGCUAUAGCUAGUUCCCCAGAAAUGGGCAUCUCUGCAGACAGAGUCAAAGUGGAGAAUGAACUUCAAUUAAUACAGGCCCUACAACAUGAAGUUGUGGCCCAAGCUUCAGUUUACAGCAGUCUUCUGCAGCUGAAGGAAUCACUGUUCUCAGUGACCUCCCAGGAUGAUGUGAAAAUGAUGAAACUGCGUUUGGAGCAACUGGAUGAGAGAUGGAGAGUUUUGCCACAGAUCAUUAGCAAGAGAAUUCAUUUUCUUCAGUCUGUGGUUGCCCAACACCAGCAAUUUGAUGAGCUGCUGCUGUCCUUUUCUGUCUGGAUCAAGCUGUUUCUCAGUGAAUUGCAGACGACAUCUGAGAUCAGCCUGGUAGACCAGCAGGCCGCUCUCAUUCGCCAUAAGGACCACACAGCAGAAGUGGAGAGCAAAAAGGGAGAAAUGAAGAGCCUGCAGGACCACCUGGCAAAGCUGGCUUCUCUUGGCUGUGCCGAGGACCUCCACCUCCUCCAGGGCAAGGCGGAGGACUGCUUCCAGCUGUUUGAAGAGGCCAGCCAGGUGGUGGAGAGGCGACAGCUUGCCCUGGGUCAGUUGGCAGAAUUCCUACAGAGUCAUACCUCUCUGUCCCGGCUUCUCCACCAGCUGAGGCAGACAGUGGAAGCCACCAGCAGUAUGAAUAAAAAACAGUCCGAUUUACUAGAAAAGGACCUAAAUGAAGCCACUCAAGAUGCUAAGACAUUAGAGUCUGCUGCCAUCAGUCUGGAUGGCAUUCUUACUAAAGCCCAGUACCAUCUGAAAAGUGGGCGCUCUGAGCAGAGGACUUCCUGCAGAGCCACCGCCGACCAGCUCUGUUUGGAAGUAGAGAGACUCCAGAACCUUCUGGGCACCAAGCAGAGCGAGGCAGACGCCCUGGCGGUGUUGAAGAAGGCGUUUUUGGAGCAGAAAGAGAAGCUGCUGAAGAACAUAGAGGACAUUGAAGAGCGGGCUGACCAGGAGAGGCUGAAAGAACCCACACAGCAAGCUCUUCAACAGAGGUUGAGAGUCUUUAAUCAGUUGGAAGAUGAAUUGAAUUCUCAUGAGCAUGAGCUAUGUUGGCUGAAAGACAAAGCAAAACAGAUUGCUCAGAAAGAUAUAGCUUUUGCCCCUGAAGUUGACAGGGAGAUACAUCGUCUAGAAGUCACCUGGGAUGAUACCAAGAAGUUAAUUCAUGAAAACCAGGGUCAAUGCUGUGGACUCAUCGACUUAAUGAGAGAGUAUCAGAACUUGAAGUUAACUGUAUCUAAAGUCCUAGAAAAUGCCAGCAGUGUGAUUGAGACCAGAACUACUAUCAAAGAUCAAGAAGACCUAAAAUGGGCUUUAUCCAAGCACGAAGCUGCCAAGAAUGAAAUGACCGCGAAGCAGAAAGCAUUGGACAGUUUCACCAGUAAAGGAAAACACUUGUUGUCUGAGCUAAAGAAAAUCCACAGCAGCGAUUUCACCUUGGUGAAAACCGAUCUGGAAGGCAUGGUGGACAAGUGGCUAGAUAUCUCAGAAAGAAUUGAGGACAAGAUGGACAGGCUGAGGGUCAGCCUGUCCAUUUGGGACGAUGUGCUUUCAGGUAAAGAUGAGAUUGAUGGAUGGGCAAACAACUCGGUCCCCCAACUGACUGAAAGCAUCAGCAACCUGAAUAACAGCCUUAGAAUGGAAGAAAUGCUUAAAGAAUUUGAGUCUGAAGUGAAAACCAAAGCCCUGAGACUAGAAGAACUUCAUUCCAAAGUCAGUAAUCUCAAAGAAUUAACAAAAAAUCCGGAAACGCCACCAGACCUUCAGUUUAUAGAAGCCGACUUAAGGCAGAAGCUGGAGCAUGCCAAAGAAAUAACGGAAGUCGCUAAAGGAACCCUGAAAGAUUUCACUGUUCAGACCACACAAGUGGAGAGAUUCAUUAAUGACAGAAUCUCCUGGCUGACAAAGCUGGAAGAGUCAUUGGUGAACUGUGCGCAAAGUGAGACCUGUGAGGGGUUGAAGAAAGUAAAGGAUAUGCAAAAAGAACUUCAAAGUCAACAAAGCAACAUCAGCUCCACCCAGGAAGAUCUGAAUAACUUAUGCCGCAAAUAUCACUUGGCAGAAUUGGAGAACUUGGGGAGUGCACUGACCGCUUUGAUAAAGAAACAUGAAGCUGUAAGCCAGUUGUGCUCCAAAACACAGAUCAAUCUUCAGGAUUCUCUGGAAAAACACUUCCAUGAAUCCAUGCAAGAAUUCCAAGAUUGGUUUUCUGAAGUAAAGACAGCAGCUAAAGACUCAUCAGAUAGGACUGGCGACAGCAAAGUUCUGGAGGCGAAACUCCAUGAUCUUCAGAACAUUCUGGACACAGUCGGUGAUGGGCAGAGCAAGCUUGAUGCCGUGACUCAAGAGGGACAGACUCUGUACGCAUAUUUGUCUAAACAAAUUGUCAGUAGCAUUCAGGAACACAUUACAAAGGCUAAUGAAGAAUUUCAGGCAUUUCUGAAGCAAUGCCUCAAAGACAAACAGGCUCUUCAAGACUGUGCUUUAGAACGUGGGAGUUUUGAGGAUCAACACAGGAAUCUGAACUUAUGGAUCCAUGAGAUGGAAGAGAGAUUACAGACAGAAAAUUUAGGCGAGAAAAAGCAACACAUUCCCGAGAAGAAAAAUGAAGUCCAUAAAGUUGAAAUGUUUUUGGGAGAACUACUGGCUGCAAGAGAGUCUCUGGACAAGCUCUCCCAGAGAGGGCUGCUUCUCAGUGAAGAAGGCCAUGGCGCUGGGAAGGAAGGGCGCCAAUGCUCCCAGCUCCUCACCAGCUACCAGAACAUGCUCAGAACGACCAAAGAGAAUCUCCGAAGCUGCCAGGUGGCCCUCCAGGAGCAUGAGACCCUGGAAGAAGCUCUGCAGAGCAUGUGGUCCUGGGGGAAAGACAUCCAAGACAGACUGGCCUGCGCAGAGAGCACGAUUGGAAACAAAGACACCUUGGAAAAGCGCCUCUUACAAGUGCAGGAAAUUCUGCUGAUGAAAGGUGAGGGUGAAGUCAGGUUGAAUAUGGCCGUGGGCAAAGGUGAACAGGUCUUGAGAAGCAGCAACAAAGAAGGCCAGAAGGUGAUUGAGUCUCAGCUGCAGGCCCUGAGAGACAUGUGGACAAACAUCAUGAGCUCCUCAGUCCAGACUCAGAGCGCUUUGGAGUCUGUGAUUCGCCAAUGGAAUGAAUAUCUAGAGAGGAAAGACCAGUUGGAGCAGUGGAUGGAAUCAGUGGAUCAAAAAGUUGAGCAUCCUUUACAGCUGCAGCCAGGUCUGAAGGAGAAGUUUGCCCUGCUGGACCACUUCCAGUCCAUUGUGUCUGAGGCAGAAGAUCAUGCUGGAGCCUUGCAUCACCUAAGUGCCAAAUCCAGAGAGCUCUAUGAGAAGACUGAGGAUGUGUUUUUCAAGGAAACAGCUCAGCAGGAACUGAAAACACAGUUUAAUGAUAUAAUAACAGUUGCUAAGGAAAAAAUGAGGAAAGUGGAAGAGAUUGUGAAAGACCAUCUAAUGUACUUGGAUGCGGUCCAGGAAUUUACAGAUUGGCUUCAUUCAGCUGAAGAAGAGCUUCACCGGUGGUCAGAUAUGUCUGGAGAUUCAUCAGCUACCCAGAAAAAAUUGUCCAAAAUUAAGGAGUUGAUAGAUUCCAGAGAGAUUGGUGCAGGCCGCCUGAGCAGAGUGGAGUCGCUGGCUCCGGCUGUAAAACAAGACACAAGUGCCAGGGGGUGUGAGCUCAUGGACGCGGAGAUGCAGGCCCUGCAGGCCGACUGGAAGCAGUGGGAAGACGGUGUAUUCCAGACCAGGAGCAGCCUGGAGAACCUGGCCAGCCAGAUGGCCCUGUCCGAGCAGGAGUUCACAGGCCAAGUGGCCCAGCUUGGAGAGGCCCUGGAGCAAUUUGGUAUCCUUCUCAAGACCUGGUCUCAGGAGUUAGCCCUGCUGGAAGACAAGAACACAGAUACAGAGCUCGUGGCCUGUUGGCACAAAGGAAAAGAGAUUCUGGAUGCUCUAGAAAAAGCAGAAUCAAAGACUGAGGACCUCAAAUCUCAGCUGAAUGAACUUUGUCGAUUUUCCAAAGACCUGAGCUCAUACAGUGGAAAGGUUUCUGGCCUGAUUAAAGAAUAUAACUGCCUUUGCUUGCAAGCAUCCAAGGGCUGCCAGAACAGAGAACAAAUUUUACAACAAAGAUUUCAAAAAGCCUUCAGGGAUUUCCAGCAAUGGUUGGUGAGUGCAAAAAUCACCACAGCCAAAUGUUUUGAUUUACCUCAAAAUAUUCACGAAGUUUCAGCAAGUCUCCAAAAAAUACAGGAGUUCUUGUCCGAAAGUGAAGAUGGGCAGCACAAACUAAACACGAUGCUAUCUAAAGGAGAGCUUUUGAGUACUCUGUUAACUAAAGAGAAAGCGAAAGGUAUCCAGGCCAAACUUGAGAACGCAAAAGAAGAUUGGAAAAAUUUUCACUCAAAUCUCCACCAAAAGGAGUCUGCCCUGGAGAACCUGAAGAUUCAAAUGAAGGACUUUGAAGUCAGCGCCGAACCUGUGCAGACCUGGCUCAGCAAAACAGAAAAAAUGGUGCGUGAGAGCAGCAAUCGCCUCUACGAUCUGCCAGCCAAGAGGAGAGAACAGCAGAAGCUCCAGUCUGUCCUUGAGGAAAUAAACUGCUACGAACCUCAGCUCCACAGGCUAAAAGAGAAAGCUCAGCAGCUGUGGGAAGGACAAGCUGCCAGCAAGAGCUUUCUGCACCGAGUGUCGCAGCUGUCUUCCCAGUAUCUAGCACUAAGCAAUGUAACCAAGGAGAAAGUGUCAAGAUUGGAUCGAAUUGUAGCUGAGCACAAUCAGUUCUCUCUCGGGGUUAAGGAGCUUCAAGAAUGGAUGGCAGACGCCAUUCACAUGCUGGAUUCUUACUGCCACCCCACCUCCGACCGAAGCGUGUUAGACAGCAGAAUGCUGAAGCUUGAGGCUCUGUUAUCCGUGAAGCAGGAAAAAGAGAUCCAGAUGAAAAUUCUGGUGACCAGAGGUGAGUGUGCCCUCCAGAACACGUCUCCCGAAGGCCUUCCUGCUAUCCAGCAGCAGCUGCAGACGCUGAAGGACAUGUGGGCUUCUCUUCUGUCCUCUGGGAUUCGCUGUAAAAGUCAACUCGAAGGAGCCCUCUCUAAAUGGACAAGUUAUCAGGAUGAUGUUCGGCAGUUUUCCAGUUGGAUGGACAGCAUUGAAGCCAGUAUAAGUGGGUCUGAACGGCAAUGUGCAGAACUUCGGGAGAAAACAGCUGCUCUCGGAAAAGCCAAGUUGUUAAAUGAAGAAGUGCUGAGUCACGGCAGCUUGCUGGAGACCAUUGAAGUCAAAAGGGCUGCCAUGACAGAGCACUAUGUCACCCAGUUAGAACUUCAGGACCUGCAGGAACGGUACAGAGCCAUCCGAGAGCGGGCUAAGGAAGCAGUAACCAAGUGUGAAAAACUAGUUCGUCUACACCAAGACUAUCAGCGAGAGCUGAAAGCGUUUGAAGUUUGGCUGGGACAAGAACAAAACAAACUUGAUCAAUAUUCAGUCCUUGAAGGGGACGCCCAAUCUCACGAGACAACGUUACGUGAUCUUCAGGAGCUGCAGGUGCUCUGUGCGGAGGGCCAGGCUUUGCUCAAUGCAGUGCUACACAACAGGGAGGAAGUGAUCCCGUUCGGCAUUCCCCAAACUGAGGACCGGACCCUGGAGAGCCUCCGCCACGACUGGCAGGCUUACCAGCAGAGACUGUCCGAGACCCGGACUCAGUUCAAUAACGUUGUGAACAAAUUGCGGCUCAUGGAGCAGAAGUUUCAGCAAGUGGAUGAAUGGCUGAAAACAAUGCAGGAGAAAGUGAGUCUGCGAGCUGGAUGUCAGUCUUCCCGGGCCACCAAGGAGCUCCAGUUACAUCAGAUGGAGAAGUGGCAUGAAGAGAUGGCAGCGCACAGAGAUGAGGUGGAGGAGGUGGGGGCUCGAGCGCAGGAGAUCUUGGACCAGAGUCACGUGAGCAGCAGAAUGGUCUGCCAGGCCACCCAGCUGACGUCCAGAUACCAGGCCCUCUUGCUGCAGGUGGUGGAACAAAUAAAAUCCCUGGAGGAAGAGAUUCAGAGUUUGGAGGAAUCCGAAUUUGCCCUUAGUGCCUACACUGAGUGGUAUAGCUCUACUCAGAAAAACUACAAAAAUGCAGCUACCAAAAUGGACCAAGUGGACCAGGCCAUGAUGGCGAAGAAAAUGAAGAUGCUAGAGGUUUUGCUAAAAGACAUGGAGAAGGGUGACAGUUUACUGAAAUCAGCCCGGGAGAAAGCAGAGAGGGCUCUUGCGUUCUUGGAGGAUGCUGAGGCGGAAGUCCUGAGGGAAGAGACCCACGGUCACGUGGAACGGUUGAAGGACCUCACCAGCACAGUCCGGAAAGAGCACAUGGCUAUGGAAAAAGGCCUGCAUUUGGCAAAGGAAUUCUCAGAUAAAUACAAAGCACAGAUUCAGUGGAUAGCAGAAUACCAGGAAAUCCUCCUCACUCCUGAAGAACCCAAGAUGGAAUUAUAUGAGAAAAAAGCCCAGUUGUCUAAAUACAAGUCACUCCAACAAAUGGUGCUGACACAUGAGCCAUCCAUCAAAUCGGUGAAGGACAAAGGUGCGGCUCUUCUGGAACUGGUUCAGGAUGCUACGUUGAAAGACAAACUAGACAAACUUCAGGCUGAUUUCCAGGACCUCUGCUGUGCAGGCAAGGAACAUGUCCUCAGCCUUGAGAUGAAGGUCAGAGACCAUGAGGAUUACAACAGUGAGCUGCAGGAAGUGGAAAAGUGGCUGUUACAGAUGUCGGCCCGGCUGGUGACACCUGACCUCAUGCAGACCAGCAGUCUGGAGACCAUCACCCAACAGCUGGCCCAUCACAAGGCCAUGAUGGAAGAAAUUGCUGGCUUUGAAGACCGAUUGAACGACCUUAAAGUUAAAGGUGACAAUCUGAUCAGUCAAUGUGCGGACCACCUUCAAGCUAAACUGAAACAAAGCAUCCACACCCACCUUCAGGGCACCAAGGACAGUUAUUCAGCAAUCUGCAGCACAGUUCAGAGGGUGUACCAGAGUUUGGAACAUGAGCUUAAAAAGCAUGUGAGCCGGCAAGACACGCUGCAGCAGUGCCAGGCCUGGCUUUUGGCAGUCCAGCCUGAUUUACAGCCUAGCCCACACCCCCCUCUCAGCCGGGCAGAAGCUGUUAAGCAGACCAAACACUUCCGAGCUUUGCAGAAGCAGGCACGUACCUACUUAGACCUCCUUUGCUCCAUGUGCGACUUAUCCGACUCCUCGGUGAAAACCACAGCAACAGACAUUCAGCAAACAGAGCAAAUGAUUGAACAGAGGCUAGUCCAGGCCCAGACCUUAACUCAGGACUGGGAAGAGAUCAAGCACAUGAAAGCAGAGCUGUGGAUUUACCUCCAGGAUGCUGAUCAGCAGCUGCAGAACAUGAAGAGGAGACAUUCAGAACUGGAGCUGAGUAUUGCACAGAACAUGGUUUCCCAAGUAAAGGAUUUUGUUAAGAAAGUACAGUCCAAGCAGGCAUCAGUGACAGCUAUCCUAGAAAAGGUGAUCAAGUUAACAAAGAAACAGGGGUCUCCUGAACACAAGGAGAUAACUCAUUUAAAUGACCAGUGGUCAGAUCUGUGCCUUCAGUCUAACCAGCUGUGCUCACAAAGAGAAGAAGAUCUGCAGAGGACAAGAGACUACCAUGACCGUAUGAAGGCUGUUGAAGCUCUUUUAGAGAAAUUUACUACUGAGUGGGACAACUUGGCCAGAUUCGAUGCAGAGAGUACCACUGCCCACCUGGAGGCUUUGAAGCAGUUGGCAUUGGCAUUGCAGGAAAAGAAGGAUGCUCUUGAAGAGCUGAAAGACCAAAAGCAAAAAAUGAUAGAGCACCUGAGUCUAGAUGACAGAGAAUUAGUCAAAGAGCAGACGGGGCACUUUGAGCAACGCUGGUUUCAGCUGGAGGACCUCGUGAAAAGGAAAAUCCAGGUGUCCAUCACCAAUCUGGAGGAGUUGAGCGUUGUGCAGUCCAGGUUUAAGGAGCUGAUGGAGUGGGCAGAAGAGCAACAACCCAGCAUCGCUGAGGCCCUGAAGCAGAGCCCUCCUCCUGAGGUGGCACGGAAGCUCCUCACGGACCACCUUGCCAUUUGCAGUGAGCUGGAAGCCAAGCAGUUGCUCCUCAAGUCGCUUAUGAAGGAUGCUGACCGGGUGAUGGUGGAUCUCGGCCUGAAUGAGCGACAGUUGAUCCAGAAGGCACUCUCGGAUGCCCAGAGGCACGUCAGCUGCCUCAGUGAACUCGUGGGCCAGAGAAGAAAGUACUUGAACAAGGCCUUGUCUGAGAAAACCCAGUUUCUCAUGGCCGUAUUCCAGGCCAACAGCCAAAUUCAACAGCAUGAGCGCAAGAUAAUGUUCCGCGAACACAUCUGCCUCUUACCAGAGGAGGUGAGUAAACAAGUUAAAACAUGUAAGAGCGCCCAAGCCAGCCUCAAGACUUACCAGAAUGAAGUCACUGGGCUUUGGGCCCAGGGCCGUGACUUAAUGAAAGGAGCCACCGAGCAGGAGAAGAGUGAAGUACUGGGUAAACUCCAGGACCUGCAGAGCGUCUACGACACAGUUUUACAAAAGUGCAGUCAUCGACUACAAGAGCUAGAGAAAAAUUUAGUGUCUCGGAAGCAUUUUAAGGAAGAUUUUGAUAAAGCCUGUCACUGGCUAAAGCAAGCAGAUAUUGUUACAUUUCCUGAGAUCAGCCUCAUGAAUGAGAGUGCCCAGCUUCAUGCACAACUGGGCAAAUACCAACACAUUCUCGAAGAAUCUCCAGAAUAUGAAAAUCUUCUCCUUACGGUGCAGAGAACGGGGCAGGCCAUGUUACCGUCACUGAAUGAAGUUGAUCAUUCAUAUCUCAGUGAAAAACUAAAUUCUUUGCCCCAGCAAUUUAAUGUUGUUGUGGCCUUGGCAAAAGACAAGUUCUAUAAGGUCCAGGAAGCAAUUCUUGCUCGGAAAGAAUACGCUUCUCUGAUCGAGUUGACAGCCCAGACUCUGAGUGACCUCGAAGACCAGUUCUUAAAGAUGAGCAAAGUUCCCACUGACCUGGUUGUUGAAGAGGCCCUGUCUCUGCAGAAUGGUUGUAGAACCCUUCUGGGGCAGGUGGUGAGCCUCGGGGAAGCAGUAGAUGAACUGAGUCAGAAGAAAGAAAGUUUCCAGAGCACAGGCCAGCCAUGGCAGGCAAACGAGAUGCUGCACCUUGUCACCUUGUAUCACAGGUUGAAACGGCAGGCAGAACAACGGGUUAGCUUAUUAGAGGAUACCACCAGUGCUUACCAAGAGCAUGAGAAGAUGUGCCAACAGCUAGAGGAACAACUUGAGACUGUGAAAAAGGAACAAGCCAGAAUGAAUGAGGAGACACUUCCUGCAGACGAGAAGCUCAAAAUGUACCAUUCCCUGGCAGGAAGUCUUCAGGACUCAGGAAAUCUCCUGAAGCGAGUCGCUGUGCACCUGGAAGAUAUGGCUCCUCACCUCGAUCCUGUGGCUUAUGAGAAAGUCAGACAUCAGCUCCAGUCUUGGCAAGAGGAGCUCAACGUGUUGACUUCUGCCAUUGGUGAGACUGUUGCUGAGUGUGAGAGCCGAAUGGUUCAGAGUAUAGACUUCCAGACAGAGAUGAGUCGCUCCCUGGAUUGGCUGAGAAGGGUGAAGGCGGAGCUAAGUGGACCACUGUGCCUGAACCUGAAUCUACAGGACAUCCAGGAGGAGAUCAGAAAGAUCCAGAUCCAUCAGGAGGAGGUCCAGUCCAGCUUGCGGAUAAUGAAUGCCCUGAGCCACAAGGAGAAGGAUAAAUGCACGAAAGCCAAAGAACUUAUUUCCUCUGAGUUGGAACACACUCUUGCCGAGCUCUCGGAGCUUGAUGGAGAAAUCCAGGAAGCUUUACGCACCAAGCAGGCUACCUUGACUGAAAUAUAUAAUCAGUGUCGACAGUAUUAUCAAGUAUUUCAAGCAGCUAAUGACUGGCUUCAAGAUGCUCAAGAAAUGUUACAGCUGGCAGCCAGUGGGCUAGAUGUGGAGAGAUCGGAGGAAAAUCUGAAGAGGCAUGUGGAGUUUUUCAAUACAGAGGGUCAGUUCCACAGCAACCUGGAAACACUUCGAGGCCUGGUAUCCAACCUCCACUCACUUCUCAAGCCAUCUGGAGAAGAGGACCUAGCCCAGAAGCUGGCCUCUUUAGAGGAGAGGAGCCAGGCCACAACCCAGGACUCCAGAACCCAACAAGAUCUCUUGCAGAGGUGUGCAGCACAGUGGCAGGAUUAUCAGAAAGCACGAGAGGAGGUGAUUGAGUUGAUGAACGAUGCAGAAAAGAAAUUGUCAGAGUUUUCUUUACUGAAGACUUCGUCCAGUGUCGAAGCAGAAGAAAAACUGUCAGAACACAAGAGUUUAGUGACAGUAGUUCACUCUUUCCAUGAGAAGAUUGUGACCCUGGAGCAAAAAGCUUCCCAGCUGGAAAAAACCGGAAAUGACUCCAGCAAAGCCACCAUCAGCAGAUCAACAACUACAGUGUGGCAGCGUUGGACGCGGCUCCAUGCGGUGGUUCAGGACCAGCAGAAGGUCUUGGAGGAUGCGGUAGAUGAGUGGAAGAGCUUUAGCAAUAAGGUUCAAAAAGCCGCUGAAAUGAUCGACCAGCUGCAAGAUAAGUUACCGGGAAGUUUGGCAGAAAAGGCCUCCAAAGCAGAGCUCGCACUUCUCCUUGAAGACCACGACACCUUGGUUUUGGAGUUGGAGCAGCAGCAGGCGGCCCUCGGCGUGCUGUGUCAGCAAGCUCUGAGCAUGCUCCAGGACAGGGCCAGUCCUGAGAGCCCGGGGGAAGAGCCGCUUGUCAUGCAGGGACUCAGAGCAAUGCAAGACCGCUGCCUAAACACGAAGGAGACAGUGAAGAACAAAAGCAAAGUGGUAAAACAGGAGCUGAAGGAACGAGAUGUGGUGGAGACGAAGAUCAACGCUGUGAAAUCCUGGGUUCAGGAAACGAAGGACUAUUUGGGAAAUCCAACAAUAGAGACAGACACUCAACUUGAAGAACUUCAGAGUCUCUUAACAGAAGUUACAAAUCACCGGCAGAACAUUGAGAAAAUGGCAGAAGAACAGAAAAAUAAGUACCUGGGGUUUUCUACGAUCUUGCCUUCUGAACUCUCCCUUCAGUUAGCUGAAGUGGCAUUAGACCUGGGAACAAUUCAUGAUCAGAUCCAGGACAAAGUAAAAGAAGUUGAGCAGAGCAAGGCCAUGAGCCAGGAAUUCAGCCGACAAAUUCAGAAGCUAGCCAAAGAUCUUACAACGAUCCUAACAAAGCUCAAAGCCAAGACAGAUAAUCUAGUUCAAGCUAAAACUGAACAAAAGAUGCUGGGAGAAGAACUAGAUGACUGUAAUGUGAAGUUAAUGGAACUCGAUGCGGCAGUACAGACAUUCUCUGAGGAGAACGGCCAACUGGGCAAGCCACUGGUCAAGAAGAUGGGAAAGCUGACUGAACUCCACCAGCAGAGCGUGAGGCAGGCUGAGAACCGGCUCACCAAGCUCAGUCAGGCAGCAGCACAUUUAGAAGAAUACAAUGAAAUGCUUGAACUCGUUUUGCAGUGGAUUCAGAAAGCUAAAGUCUUAGUACAUGGAAAUAUUGCAUGGAACUCAGCAAGCCAACUUCGGGAGCAAUACAUUGCACAUCAGACCCUGCUAGAAGAAUCUGAAGAAAUCCACCGCAAUCUGGAAGCAAUGACAGAGAAACUACAGUGCCUCACUAGUGUGUACUGUACAGGAAAAAUGUCUCAGCAAGUGGCAGAAUUGGGACGGGAGAUGGAGGAGUUACAACAGAUGAUCAGAAUCCGUUUGCAGAAUCUCCAAGAUGCUGCCAAGGAUAUGAAAAAAUUUGAAGCAGAACUAAAAAACUUACAAGCUGCUCUGGAGCAAGCCCAGACAACUCUCACAUCCCCGGACGUCGGCCGGCUCAGCCUCAAGGAACAACUAUCUCAUCGACAGCAUUUGUUGUCAGAAAUGGAGUCACUGAAACCAAAGGUCCAAGCCGUGCAGACCUGCCAGAGCGCACUCCGGAUCCCUGAGGAUGUGGUUACCAGCCUGCCGCUCUGCCACGCAGCUCUGCGCCUGCAGGAAGAAGCCAGCCGGCUGCAGCACACCGCCAUCCAGCAAUGCAACAUCAUGCAGGAGGCCGUGGUGCAGUAUGAACAAUAUGAACAAGAAAUGAAGCGCCUCCAACAGCUGAUUGAAGGUGCACACAAAGAGAUCGAGGAUAAACCAGUGGCCACCAGUAACAUCCAAGAGCUGCAAGUCCAAAUUUCUCAUCACGAGGAGCUGGCUCAGAAAAUCAAGGGCUACCAAGAGCAGAUCGCCUCUCUGAAUUCCAAGUGCAAGAUGCUGACAAUGAAAGCUAAGCAUGCCACUAUGCUGCUGACGGUGACGGAGGUGGAAGGGCUGACUGAAGGGACAGAGGACCUGGACGGGGAGCUCCUCCCCACACCCUCGGCCCACCCCUCUGUGGUCAUGAUGACUGCAGGCCGCUGUCACACUUUGCUGUCACCUGUCACUGAGGAGUCUGGGGAGGAGGGAACCAACAGUGAGAUGUCCUCUCCACCUGCCUGUCGCUCCCCUUCACCUGUGGCUAAUGUAGAUGCUUCUGUUAACCAGGACAUUGCUUACUACCAAGCCUUGUCAGCUGAGGGGUUGCAGACGGAGGCGGCAAGGAUUCACCCCAGUGCCCCCUCACCCCAAGAGUUCUACGAGCCAAGGCUAGAGUCCUCCACCACAGCUAAGCUGGACGAUUUGCAGCGUUCUUGGGAAACCUUAAAGAAUGUGAUCAGUGAAAAGCAGCGUACACUCUAUGAGGCUUUGGAACGCCAACAAAAGUACCAGGAUUUCCUUCAGUCCAUCUCAACAAAAAUGGAGGCCAUUGAGAUGAAGCUCAACGAGAGUCUGGAACCUGGCAAGAGUCCCGAGAGCCAGAUGGCCGAACACCAGGCCUUGAUGGAUGAGAUUCUCAUGCUUCAAGAUGAAAUCAACGAGCUCCAGUCAUCUCUCGCAGAGGAGCUGGUGUCCGAAUCUCUGGAGGCUGACCCUGCCGAACAGCUGGCCUUGCAGUCCACGCUCACGGUCUUGGCUGAACGAAUGUCCACCAUCAAAAUGAAAGCAUCGGGGAAGCGCCAGCUACUAGAGGAGAAACUAAAUGAUCAGCUGGAGGAACAGAGGCAGGAGCAAGCCCUGCAGAGGUACCACUGUGAAGCUGAUGAGCUGAACCACUGGCUCCUGAGCACUAAGGCCACAUUGGACAUGGCGCUGGGCACGCCCAAGGAGCCCAUGGACAUGGAAGCUCAGCUGGUGGACUGCCAGAACAUGCUGGUGGAAAUUGAGCAGAAGGUGGUGAUCUUAUCGGAGCUCUCCGUCCACAAUGAAAAUCUGCUGCUGGAGGGUAAGGCGCACACCAAGGACGAGGCUGAGCAGCUGGCAGUGAAGCUGAGAACACUGAAGGGGAGUUUGCUGGAGCUACAGAGAGCUCUGCAUGACAAGCAGGUCAACAUGCAGGGGACAUCCCAGGAGAAGGAGGAGAAUGAUGCUGACCUAGCGGCCACCCAGAGCCCCGGGGUCCAGGAGUGGCUGACCCACGCCCGCACCACACGCACCCACCAACGACAGAGCAGCCUCCAGCAACAGAAGGAGUUGGAGCAGGAGCUAGCCGAGCAGAAGAAUCUCCUCCGGUCGGUCGCCAGUCGCGGGGAAGAACUUCUCACCCAGCACUCGGCUGCAGAGACCUCGGCCACAGGUGAAAAGCCCGCUGUGGUAUCGCAGAAGUCAGAGGGGGAGAAGGCAUCCACUGAAGACCAGAUGAGGAUGAAAUGGGAAAGUCUCCAUCAAGAAUUUAGUACAAAGCAGAAACUAUUGCAGAACGUCCUGGAGCAAGAUCAAGAGCAAGUGCUUUACAGCAGGCCAAACCGACUCCUGUCUGGCGUGCCUCUGUACAAAGGGGAUGGACAGACCCAAGACAAGUCUGCUGUCACCUCUCUGCUGGAUGGACUGAACCAGGCUUUUGAGGAGGUUUCGUCCCAGGGUGGAGGACCGCAAGGGCAAAACAUUCACCUAGAACAGAAGCUCUAUGACGGGGUCUCAGCUACCUCCACGUGGCUGGAUGACGUAGAAGAACGCUUAUUUGUUGCCACAGCUCUGUUACCAGAAGAAACAGAAACUUGCCUCCUGAAUCAAGAGACUCUUGCCAAAGAUCUUAAGGAAAUGUCUGAGGAAGUGGAUAAGAACAAGAACUUGUUUGCCCAAGCAUUCCCAGAGAAAGGUGAUAACCGGGGCGUUAUUGAAGACACAUUAGGUUGCCUUUUGGGGAGAUUAUCCUUGUUGGACUCAGUAGUGAAUCAGCGAUGUCAUCAAAUGAAGGAACGACUCCAGCAAAUACUAAAUUUUCAGAAUGAUCUGAAGGUACUAUUCACAUCACUGGCUGACACCAAGUACAUCACUCUCCAGAAGCUGGCGAAUGUGUUUGAACAGCCUGUAGCAGAACAAAUAGAGGCAUUACAACAGGCCGAAGAGGGGCUGAAGGAAUUGGAUGCAGGAAUCAUUGCAUUAAAGAAGCGAGGUGACAAGCUGCAGGUUGAACAGCCUUCCCUCCAAGAACUCUCCAAACUCCAGGACAUGUAUGAUGAACUGAUGGUGACCAUCGGCUCCCGGCGCAGUGGACUGAACCAGAAUCUGGCACUCAAGAGUCAGUAUGAGAGGGCCCUUCAGGAUCUGGCUGACCUGCUGGAAACUGGACGAGAAAAGAUGGCAGGAGACCAGAAAAUCAUCGUGUCUUCCAAAGAGGAAGUCCAACAACUACUUAACAAGCACAAGGAAUACUUUCAAGGCCUGGAAUCUCAUAUGAUCUUGACUGAAACCCUCUUCAGAAAGAUAAUCAGCUUUGCGGGCCUGAAGGAAACUCAGUUCCACGCAGAAGUGAUGGCUCAGGCAUCUGCUGUGCUGAAACGGGCUCACAAGAGGGGCGUGGAACUGGAGUACGUCCUAGAGACAUGGACGCAGCUGGAGGAAGACCACCAGGACCUCAGCAGACAGCUGGAAGUCGUGGAGAGCAGUCUCCCGAGCGUGGGCUUGGUGGAGGAGAGUGAGGACAGGCUCACUGACCGCAUAGCGCUCUACCAGCAUUUAAAAUGCAGCCUCAAUGAGUCCCAGCCCAAACUGUAUCAGAUGCUAGAUGAUGGCAAACGACUUCUGAUGUCCAUUAGCUGCUCAAAUCUGGAAGGCCAGCUCAACCACCUUGGAGAACAAUGGCUCAGUAAUACCACCAAAGUGGCCAAGGAACUUCACAGAUUGGAAACCAUAUUGAAACACUGGACCAGAUAUAAGAGUGAAUCUGCAGCUCUAAUUCACUGGUUGCAAUCUGCAAAAGACAGGCUCGAAUUUUGGUCCCAGCAAUCUGUUACAGUCCCACAAGAACUGGAAAUGGUCCGUGACCAUCUGAACGCUUUCCUGGAGUUUUCUAAAGAAGUGGAUGCCAAGUCCUCCCUGAAAUCAUCCGUUUUGAGUACUGGAAAUCAGCUUCUCCGAUUGAAGAAAGUGGACACAGCUGCCCUGCGGUCCGAGCUGUCCCACAUUGAUAACCAGUGGACCGAACUGUUGACACAGAUUCCUGCUGUACAGGAAAAGCUCCACCAGCUCCAAAUGGAGAAGCUGCCUUCUCGCCAUGCUAUUAGUGAAGUCAUGGGUUGGAUUUCUCUUAUGGAAAGUGUCAUUCAGGAGGAUGAAGAGAAUAUCAAGAAUGCCAUAGGUUACAAAGCAAUUCAUGAAUACCUCCAGAAGUACAAGGGUUUUAAGAUUGACAUUAAUUGUAAACAGCUGACAGUUGACUUUGUGAACCAGUCCGUGCUACAGAUCAGCAGCCAGGAUGUGGAAAGCAAACGCAGCGACAAGACUGAUUUUGCCGAGCAACUUGGUGCAAUGAACAAAAGUUGGCAGAUUCUACAGAGUCUAGUUACUGAAAAGAUCCAAUUUUUGGAAGGAUUAUUGGAAUCUUGGUCAGAAUAUGAAAAUAAUGUCCAGUGUCUGACAACGUGGUUUGAAGCCCAAGAGAAACGACUCCAACACCACCACCAAAUUGGGGACCAGGCUGCAACUCAGAAUGCAAUGAAGGACUGUCAGGAUCUGGAGGAUUUGAUUAAAGCAAAAGAAAAAGAAGUAGAGACGAUUGAACAGAAUGGAUUUGCUUUGAUCCAGAACAAGAAAGAAGAAGUGUCUGAGGUGGUCAGAUGCACGCUGCGGAAACUCGCCCAAACCUGGGCACAUCUAGACCACACGGCUGGGCAGUUAAAGAUGCUACUGAGGUCAGUUCUGGACCAGUGGAACAAUUACAAAGUGUCCUUUGAUGAGAUUAACAGCUGCCUCAUGGAAGCUAGGUAUUCCCUUUCCCGAUUCCAUCUGCUGACUGGCUCCUUAGAAGCUGUGAAGGUUCAAGUAGACAACCUUCAGAAGCUUCAAGAUGAUCUGGAGAAACAGGAAAAGAGCUUACAGAAAUUUGGCUCUGUCACCAACCAGCUCUUACAGGCUUGUCACCCACCUGUGACAGAAACUCUCUCCAGUACACUGAAAGAAGUCAACAUGAGAUGGGACAACUUGCUGGAAGAGAUUGCCGAACAGCUGCACUCCAGCAAGGCCCUACUUCAGCUCUGGCAGAGAUACAAGGACUACUCCACGCAGUGUGCGUCCACACUUCAGCAGCAGGAAGAGCAGACCAAUGAGCUGCUGAAGGCUGUAACCAACAAGGACAUCGGGGAUGAUGAAGUCGCCACAUGGAUUCAAGACAGCAACGAUCUUCUCAAAGGACUGGGGACUGUUAAGGAUUCCCUUUUUGUUCUUCAUGAGUUGGGAGAGCAACUCAAGCAACAAGUGGACACGUCUGCUGCUUCAGCCAUUCAAUCUGAUCAACUCUCCUUGAGCCAACACUUGUGUGCCCUCGAACAAGCUCUUAGCAAGCAGCAGACUAUAUUACAGACUGGAGUUCUUGACUAUGAAACCUUUGCGAAGAGCUUAGAAGGUUUGGAGGCUUGGCUCGUGGAAGCUGAAGAAAUUCUAAAAGGUCAGGACCCAAGCCACUCGUCUGACUUCUCCACUAUCCAAGAAAGGAUGGAAGAGUUGAAGGGGCAGAUGUUAAAAUUCAGCAGCCUGGCUCCCGAUUUAGACCAUCUGAAUGAACUUGGGUACAGGUUACCCCUGAGUGAUAAGGAAAUCAAAAGGAUGCAGAACCUGAAUCGCCACUGGUCACUCAUCUCCUCUCAGACGACAGAAAGAUUCAGUAAGCUGCAGUCAUUUUUGUUACAACAUCAGACUUUCUUGGAAAAAUGUGAAACCUGGAUGGAAUUUUUGGUUCAGACAGAACAAAAGCUAGCAGUGGAGAUUUCAGGCAACUUUCAGCAUCUGCUAGAGCAGCAAAGAGCUCAUGAGUUGUUUCAAGCGGAGAUGUUCAGUCGUCAACAGAUUUUACACUCGAUCAUCGUUGAUGGGCAGCGUCUGCUAGAACAAGGCCAAGUUGAUGACAGGGAUGAGUUCAACCUGAAGUUGUCCCUUCUCAGCAUUCAAUGGCAGGGCGUGAUCCGCAGGGCCCAGCAGAGGCGUGGGAUCAUAGACAGCCAGGUUCGCCAGUGGCAACGCUACCGAGAGAUGGCGGAAAAACUUCGCAAAUGGCUGGUGGAAGUGUCCUAUCUACCCAUGAGUGGUCUCGGAAGUGUCCCCCUGCCACUGCAGCAAGCGAGGAACCUCUUUGAUGAAGUGCAGUUCAAAGAAAAAGUGUUCCUGCGCCAACAAGGAAGCUACAUUCUGACUGUGGAGGUGGGUAAGCAGCUCCUGCUUUCGGCAGACAGUGGGGCUGAGGCCGCCCUGCAGGCCGAACUCACGGAUAUCCAGGAGAAGUGGAAGUCCGCCAGCAAGCACCUGGAGGAGCAGAAGAAACAACUGGCUUUCUUGUUGAAAGACUGGGAAAAAUGUGAGAAAGGAAUAGCUGAUUCUCUGGAGAAACUACGAACGUUCAAAAAGAAACUCUCCCAGCCUUUACCAGAUCACCACGAAGAAUUACAUGCAGAGCUAAUGCGUUGCAAGGAACUAGAGACUAUGGUGGGCAGUUGGACAGAAGACUUGUCGCAGCUGACCCUGCUGAAGGACACCCUGUCUGCGUACAUCAGCACCGAGGACACGGGCAUCCUGAACGAGCGCAUGGAGCUUCUGCAACGGCAGUGGGAAGAACUCUUCCACCAGCUAUCUUUACGGCGUCAGCAAGUAAGUGAGAGAUUGAAUGAGUGGGCAGUCUUCAGUGAAAAGAACAAGGAGCUCUGUGAAUGGCUGACUCAGAUGGAAAGCAAAGUUUCUCAGAAUGGAGACAUCCUCAUUGAAGACAUGAUAGAGAAGCUCAAGAAGGAUUAUCAAGAGGAAAUUGCUGUUGCACAAGAGAACAAACUACAGCUGCAGCAAAUGGGGGAACGGCUGGCUAAAGCAAGCAAUGAAAGCAAAGCAUCGGAGAUUGAGUACAAGCUAAUGAAGGUCAACGACAGGUGGCAGCAUCUCCUGGAUCUCAUGGCAGCCAGGGUGAAGAAGCUGAAGGAGACCCUGGUGGCCGUGCAGCAGCUAGAUAAGAACAUGAGCAGCCUGAGGACUUGGCUCGCCCACAUUGAGGCUGAGCUGGCCAAGCCGAUUGUCUAUGAUUCCUGUGACUCAGAAGAGAUACAGAAGAAGCUUAGUGAACAGCAGGAGCUCCAGAGAGACAUCGAGAAGCACAGCACAGGCAUCGCCUCAGUCCUCAACCUGUGUGAGGUCUUGCUGCACGAUUGUGAUGCUUGUGCUACCGACGCAGAGUGUGACUCCAUCCAACAGGCAACUCGCAACCUGGACCGACGAUGGAGAAACAUCUGUGCCAUGUCCAUGGAAAGGAGGCUCAAAAUUGAAGAGACGUGGCGAUUAUGGCAGAGGUUUCUGGAUGACUAUUCGCGUUUUGAAGAUUGGCUGAAGAUUUCAGAAAGAACAGCUGCCUUCCCCAGCUCUUCUGGGGUGCUCUAUACAGUUGCCAAGGAAGAGCUCAAGAAAUUUGAGGCCUUCCAACGACAGGUCCACGAGAGCCUGACCCAGCUGGAGCUGAUCAACAAGCAGUACCGCCGUCUAGCCAGAGAAAAUCGCACUGACUCAGCCUGUAGCCUGAAAGAGAUGGUUCACAAUGGCAACCAGAGAUGGGACAGCCUACAGAAACGCAUCACCUCCAUCUUGCGCAGACUCAAGCAUUUUAUUGGCCAACGUGAAGAGUUUGAGACAGCUCGGGACAGUAUUUUGGUCUGGCUAACAGAGAUGGAUCUGCAACUCACCAACAUUGAGCAUUUCUCUGAAUGUGAUGUUCAGGCUAAAAUAAAACAGCUCAAGGCCUUCCAGCGGGAGAUCGCUCUGAACCACAACAAGAUUGAGCAGAUAAUAGCCCAAGGCGAGCAGCUGAUAGAAAAAAGUGAGCCCCUGGACGCAGCUGUCAUUGAGGAAGAACUGGAUGAACUCAGACGCUAUUGUCAGGAGGUCUUUGGGCGCGUGGAAAGAUACCAUAAAAAAUUGAUUCGCCUGCCCCUACCGGAUGAUGAGCAUGACCUUUCUGACCGAGAACUGGAGCUCGAUGACUCGGCGGCUCUCUCUGACCUCCACUGGCACCAAGCCUCUGCAGACAGUGUCCUCUCCCCCCAGCCCUCCUCCAACCCCUCCCUCUCCCUGGCCCAGCCCCUCCGGAGCGAGCGGUCGGGACGAGACACCCCAGCCAGCGUGGACUCCAUCCCCUUGGAGUGGGACCAUGACUAUGACCUCAGUCGUGACCUGGAGUCUGCCGUGUCCAGGACCCUGCAUUCAGAGGAUGAAGAGGGCCAAGAAGACAAAGAUUUCUACCUCAGUGGAGCUGUGGACCUAUCAGGGGAUCACAGCACCUUGGAGUCACAGAUCCGGCAGCUGGACAAAGCCCUGGCUGACAGUCACUUCGGGAUGCAACAAACUGAAAAUAUCAUCCGCAGCAAAACUCCCACGGGGCCGGAGCUAGAAGCCAGCUACAAAGGCUAUAUGAAGCUACUGGGGGAAUGCAGUGGCAGCAUAAACUCAGUAAGGAGGCUGGAGCACAAACUCAAGGAGGAAGAAGAGAAUUUCCCUGGGUUUGUUAAUCUGAACAGUACCGAAACCCAAACGGCAGGUGUGAUUGAUCGAUGGGAGCUCAUACAAGCCCAGGCACUAAGCAAGGAGCGGAGGAUGAAACAGAACCUCCAGAAAUGGCAGCAGUUCAACUCUGACUUGAACAACAUCUGGGCCUGGCUGGGAGAGACGGAGGAGGAGCUGGAACAACUGCAGUGCCUGACGCUCAGCACCGACAUCCAGACCAUCGAGGUCCAGAUAAAGAAGCUCAAGGAGCUGCAGAAAGCUCUGGACCACCGCAAGGCCAUCAUCCUUUCCAUCAACUUGUGCAGCUCCGAGUUCACCCAGGCUGACAGCCAGGAGAGCCGCCAUCUGCAGGACCGCCUGUCCAGGAUGAACGGGCGCUGGGAGCGUGUGUGCUCCCUGCUGGAGGAGUGGCGGAGUCGGCUUCAGGCUGCGCUGAUGCAGUGCCAGGAUUUCCAUGAACUGAGCCAUGGUUUGCUUCUGAUGCUGGAGAAUAUUGACAGAAGGAAAAACGAAAUUAUCCCUACUGAUUCUAACCUGGACACAGAGACACUGCAGGACCAUCACAAACAGCUUAUGCAAAUAAGGCAUGAGCUGUUGGAGUCGCAACUAAAAGUGGCCUCACUUCAAGACAUGUCUUGCCAACUGUUGGUGAAUGCUGAGGGGUCAGAUUGUCUGGAAGCCAAAGAGAAAGUUCAUGUCAUUGGAAACCGGCUCAAACUUCUCUUGAAGGAGGUCAGCCGGCACAUCAAGGACCUGGAGAAGUUAUUAGACAUGUCAAGCAGUCAGCAGGAUUUGUCAUCCUGGUCCUCUGCUGAUGAGCUGGACACGUCAGGAUCCAUGAGUCCUACGUCAGGAAGGAGUACCCCAAACCGACAGAGAACGCCACGAGGCAAAUGUAGUCUCUCCCAGCCUGGACCCUCUGUCAACAAUCCACAUAGCAGGUCCAUAAAAGGUGGCUCCGGUUCCUCCCUUUCUGAGCCUCAGCCAGCUCGGUCGGGUCGAGCCUUCCUGCUCCGUGUCCUCCGAGCUGCUCUUCCCCUCCAGCUACUCCUGCUCUUCCUCAUCGGGCUCGCCUGCCUCGUCCCCAUGUCAGAGGAAGACUACAGCUGUGCCCUCUCCAACAACUUUGCCCGAUCAUUCCACCCCAUGCUCAGAUACACAAAUGGACCUCCUCCACUCUGA